AUACACCUUUCUCCAAUUACAGUAGAUGACUCAAAGUCCAAACCAAAAUAUCUAUCAAAUAUCCAAGCACCAAAAAUUCCAGAGGGAGAAAAAGUCGAUUUUGAUGACAUCCAAAAAAAGCGUCAGGAGAAGGAUUUAACAGAACUACAGUCUCUAAUAGAGGCUCAUUUCCUCCAGAGACAGAAAGACGAAGAGGAACUCAUUGCUCUGGUCAACAGAAUUGAGAAGAGACGAGCGGAGAGAGCCGAGCAACAGCGAGUGAGAGCAGAGAGAGAGAAAGAACGUCAGGCCAGACUCGCCGAAGAGAGAGAGAGGAAGGAGCAGGAAGAGCAGAGGAAGAAGCAGGAUGAAGAUGCCAAGAAGAAGAAAGCUCUUACUAACAUGACCCAUCAGUAUGGUGGCGUACAGCAAAAGGGUGAAGGACGCAAAGGCGCAAAGAAACAGACCGAAAGGGAGAAAAAGAAGAAGAUCCUGGCUGAUCGCCGAAAACCACUGAGCAUUGAUCAUCUGAGUGACGACAAACUCAAGGAUAAAGCCAGUGAAUUGUGGCAGUGGUUGAUGCAGCUGGAAGCAGAAAAGUACGAUCUAAACGAGAAACUGAAGCGCCAGAAAUACGAUAUAAAUCAGCUCCUUGCCCGCGUCCAGGAUCACCAGAGUGCCAAGGGACGCGGUAAAGGCAAGAUGGGAGGAAGACUGAGAUAGAUGUUGGCAGCACAUUUGAGAGGAAUCUCUGUCCUCCUGCAUUAGUUAUGUUUGAAGAUAUUUAAAAGUCAUUAUUCAGAACUUAAAGAAAUGCUCUGGCUGUACAAUUUUGCUUUGCAGUCGCUUGCUUAUUUUUUGCCAUGAAUAAAUAAUAGCACUUGUUGCACUGUUA